AAUGAUGAACCUCAAAAAGGAUCUCAUACGAAGCCGAUUCCUGAUCCGGUGUGUAAAAGUAGGCCGUGGAUAUUUUAACAUACUUCGAGAAGAAACUGCCAUGAAAAAGAAGCAGCAGCAACUCCAGAAGCUACUGGAAGAAGAAUUAGAAAAGUUUCAGCCAGCCCAGAAGGUCCCAGACACCCACUACCGGGACUCCGUAAUAGCCACCUACGAAGAGGAGAAGAUAAAGAAGCUGGAGUCCAUGCGACCGUUCAGCCCGGUCCACAGCUGUAUCAUGGCUCCCUCCUUGCCUGACUCUCACGUGGAUCCCCUCUUCCGCCAGCUGUGCGCCCUCCACUGGCUUCUGGAGGCCCUGACUAUCGACCACACCCACCAUGCCAUGAGGCCUCUGAUUGCCUGUUGGAACCCCAAGGACCCAGGCGGCAGCAAGAGCUCAAUAAAGAAGAUCAACAAGGACAAGUCCAUGGGGCAGAGGUGGGAUCACUUCGUCACGGCUCCUAAGACCAAGAAAUUUAAAGUCCCUGCCAUUCGCACGGCCAGCCGGAAGCUCAGCAGGCGCGCCUCUACCCUCAGCCUGUCCCGGACCAGCGGGGGCUCUUCUCCCCAGAGCAGCAUGUUGUCUGUGAACCCUGGCUCUGACGAGCUCCCCAGUGUGGUCACACAGGGCACUGGCACUGGCAGCAAAGACAUUGAAGACAAUGAGUCGUCUUCCACUAAGCCAGAGGAAGAACCUCUCCACCCCGUCUUGCAGAAGCUCCUGGAAAUGGUCCGGGAAGACGCCCGAAGAGCCAUUGUGAUGACGACUGAGAUGCAGAAGAAACAUCCCAGCCUCCUGUCUUUAAACAAGAGUGAUUAUGUCCUGAAGGAGUGGCAGAUGACCCACAAGUCCAGUGAGAGAUCCAGCACAACGAGUGGAGACAGCCACAUCCCAAGCAACCAGAGGAAGACAAAGGGCCGUGCUAACCGUGACAUCAUCCAUUGCAAGAGCGGGGUGUGUAACAGCAUGCGGGCCAAGUUUUUCAGCAUAGCCCAGGAGGCCAGCUACUGCCUGCAAGACAAGAUGGAGAUUCUCAUAAAACGCCAAGAAGAACGAGGUAUCCAGAAGUUCAACUCCUUUGUUUUCGUCUCAAAUUUACAAAAGGACUUAGCAACAAUGCGGCACCAGGUCUCAGUGUCAAAGGGGGAUGCGGAUGAGAUUGCCGACCACUGGUACUUUGAUUUGUUGUCCAAACUCCCUGAGGACCUGAAGAGCUUCCGGCCUGCCAGAAAGAUCCUGUCAAAGCUGCAGAAGUUUGGAGAGAACCUGGACCUGAGGAUCCGGCCACACGUUCUCCUGAAGGUGCUCCAGGACCUGCGGAUAUGGGAGCUGUGCUCCCCAGACAUUGCGGUGGCCAUUGAGUUUGUGCGAGAACACAUCAUCCACAUGCCACAAGAGGAUUACAUCAACUGGCUACAGGGCCGGGUCGGCAUGCCCAUUCGGCAGCAGCCUGCCCCACCAUAGCAGGGGGCCAGUCGCAGAGGAGGAGGAGGCCACGCCAGCGCCGUGUUCCUAAGUCCAGCCGAUGCCUUUGCCUCCUCCCUUCUCUCACAGACACGCGUCACAGAGCUGGGAGAUCACCGGAGACACUUCCAGAAAUACACUAUAUACUAGAGAUGACGGUCCCCUGGGGCCCUCCCCUCCCCCACAAGGUUCCCUGUCCUGGCUCAUGGUCCAGAUCUGACUCUGCCUACUUUCCAAGACGCCUUCAUUUUACCCCCCCUCCUAAAAACCCUGAAUAAUAAAAUUGAGCUGG